UUAUUGUGUCUAAUUAUUGAUAUUUUCUGUAAAUUAAUAUUUUUAAGGGAGAAUUAAAUUACGAUACGGUUUCUGAAAUGAAGUAUUUAGAGGCAUUCGUUCAAGAAAUAGUUCGAAAACAUCCUACAACAAUCAGAUUAGAGCGUAGGGCUGUAGAAGAUCACGAAUUGGGCGAUACAGGAAUUGUCGUUGAAAAGGGCACGAUGAUAGCAGUACCUAUUUAUGCUCUUAACCAUGAUCCUAAGUACUUUCCAGAUCCAGAUAAAUUUGAUCCCGAAAGGUUUUUAUCUGACAAGAGGAACAUACUUCCUUUUAACUAUUUGUCAUUUGGAGUUGGACAAAGAAAUUGUAUAGGUAUGAGAUUUGCAUUGAUGGAAAUUAAGAUGGUUCUAGCUAAGACUUUACAAUACCUUAGAUUUAAACCAGGAAUUAAUACAAAGAAAGAGCCUGAGUUGCUUUUAGCAAGAGGUUUUAAUCGCCCCAAAGAUGUAUGUUUAAAGAUUGAGUUAAGAAAAUGAAUUUCUUUUUUACAUAACACAAAGCCAGCUUCACGAAUAUUUCAUAUUAUUAAUUAAAGUAGUCUUAUUUGUUUUGAUU